GAGAGGAGAAAGCAUGUUCAUGCUUUGUCGGCCAUGACAUCCAUUCUCUAAGGUCUCAUUCUCUUAAUAUUCUUAUCAAUUACACAAAGUGGGAUUUUCUUCAAAAUCAUUUCGUAGGAGACAAAAGAAUCAGUGACCCUUUUUCAUUUUCUUUAUCAUGAUCAUUAGAAAAGUGGGAAAUUUAUUGCACUUUCAUUUGCAGCUGUAUAGAGCCAAACCAAGAUUCCUAGUGCUACUAUUCAGGCCACUACGACUCUUCUUGUUUUUCGAACUCGAUGAGUGACCAAGUUCUGCCAAGUAAAUAUACAUACACCUGAGCCCAGUUGGAGUUCUCUUCUCUUGGUGGUGAUUCCCAGAAACUAAACUGAAUUUCUUUGGUGGGUUCUCUCUCUGUUUGGUGGUCGAAUUGUCUGUUCAGACAGGUAUGUAAAACCAGUCUACCUAUUUGAAUCUUCUUUAUAUGAUGAAACUGGUUUGUGAAGAACGUAUGGAGCUGACUUGGCCUAAUUGAUAUAAAACCUUUUGUGUUUAGUAGCCAUUAAUAAUUCAUGUUGUGAAAUUCUCUUUCAAUGAGUAUGGAGAAAAUAGCAUGCAAUUUGUUGAUCACUGUACUUUUUAUGGCUACCCUUCCGGUUGAUGGGUCAGACGGGCUUAAUGCUGAGGGUCAAUACCUUUUAGAUAUAAAAAGAAGCUUUUUUGACACACACACACAUCUGGGUAAUUGGAACUCUAAUGAUUCCACACCUUGUGGAUGGAAAGGAGUGAUUUGCAGCAAAGAUAAUUAUAUCCAAGAUCCAGUUGUGCUGCAACUAAACUUGAGUCUAAUGAAUCUCACUGGUACUCUUUCUCCUAGAAUUGGUGGAUUGGUUCACCUGACUGUACUUGAUGUUUCUUCUAAUAACUUGAGUCAGAAUAUACCAAAGGAGAUUGGGAACUGUUCAUCUCUGGAAACUCUUAAUCUGAAUAACAACAAUUUUGAAGGCCAAAUACCCUUAGAAAUAGGCAAGCUUUCUAAUUUGUCAACCUUGAAUCUGUGCAACAACAGAUUAUCUGGGCCUUUUCCUGAAGAGAUUGGGAACCUUGCUUCUCUAACCCAGUUGAUUGCAUACACUAAUAAGCUUACGGGGCCUUUGCCAAGUUCUUUUGGGAAUCUUAAAAGCCUAACAUCUUUCAGGGCAGGUCAAAAUAAGAUCUCAGGAAGCUUACCCUCUGGGAUAGGUGAAUGUUUUAACUUGCAGUUUCUGGGUCUUGCUCAAAAUCAGUUGACUGGAGAGAUUCCAAAAGAGAUUGGAAAGCUCAAGAAAUUGACUGAUUUGAUUCUUUGGGAAAAUAUGCUUUCUGGUGUUGUUCCAAAAGAGCUUGGGAACUGUACCAUGUUGGAGACUCUUGCUCUCUAUCAGAACAAGCUUGUAGGGGAGAUACCCAAGGAGAUUGGAAACCUGGUGUUUAUCAAGAAAUUAUAUCUGUACAGAAAUGAAUUAAACGGGACACUACCUAGAGAGAUUGGCAACCUUUCACUAGCACUUCAUCUUGACUUCUCAGAGAACUUUUUGACUGGUGAGAUACCAGUGGAGUUGAGUAACAUCUCAGGGCUGAUGUUACUCUAUCUCUUUGAAAACCAGUUUGAAGGCCUUAUUCCAAAAGAGCUCACAAGAUUGAAAAACUUGACAAAGCUUGAUCUCUCAAUCAAUUUCCUCUCUGGUCCAAUUCCAGCUGGACUUCAAUACUUGAAAAACUUGACUCAGCUUCAACUCUUUGGAAAUUCACUCACCGGCAUCAUUCCUCAGUCACUUGGAUUAUAUAGCCCACUUUGGGUUGCUGACUUGUCUGAAAACAGCUUAACAGGAAGGAUUCCUCGCCAUCUUUGCAAAUAUUCUAACUUGAUUUUGUUAAACCUGGGCUCAAACAGGCUCACUGGAAAAAUCCCAUCUGGGAUCACAAGCUGCAAGACCUUGGUGCAGAUUCGCCUAGUUGGGAACAAUCUUACAGGGAGUUUUCCAUCUGAUCUAUGCAAAUUGGUAAAUGUGUCAGCCAUUGAGUUGGAUCAUAACAAGUUCAGUGGUGCCAUUCCUCCAGAGAUUGGCCACUGCAGAGCUUUGCAAAGGCUUCUUCUUUCGAACAACUACUUCAAUUCUGAGUUGCCAAAAGAAAUUGGAAACCUUUAUCAGUUGGUGAUCUUUAAUGUGUCCUCAAACUCUCUUUCUGGAAGGAUUCCAUCUGAGAUUUUCAAUUGCAGUAUGCUGCAGCGGCUUGAUCUUAGUCAUAACACCUUUGUUGACGAUUUGCCAAGCAAAGUGGGAACACUUUCUCAUCUUGAGCUUCUCAAACUUUCUGAUAAUAGCCUUUCAGGGAAGAUACCUGUCACAAUAGGAAGUCUCUUGCGUUUGACUGAGCUGCAAAUGGGUGGCAACUCAUUUUAUGGCGGUAUACCAGCUGAGUUGGGCUCCCUUUCAAGCUUGCAGAUAGCACUGAAUCUCAGUUACAACAAUCUCUCUGGGGAGAUUCCUUCAGCACUUGGAAAUCUUGUCUUACUAGAAUACCUUCUGCUCAACAACAACAAUUUGAGUGGUGAAAUUCCAAGCUCUUUUCAGAAUCUCUCAAGUUUACUUGGCUGCAACUUUUCAUACAACCAGUUAUAUGGUCCUGUUCCUGAUUUACAACUCUUUCACAACAUGUCGGUUAGCAGCUACAUUGGAAACCAAGGACUUUGUGGUGGCCCUCUUGGUGACUGCAAAACAACACCAUCUUCUCUCCCAUUUCCUUCAGAUAUGACAAGGUCAGGCAAUCAUGUUGGUAAAGUUAUUGCUAUAGUUGCAGCCUCCAUUGGUGGUGUUUCUCUCAUUCUAAUUGUGGUCAUUAUCUAUGUCAUGAGCCGUCCAGUUGACACCAUUGCUCUCUUGCAAGAAAAUAACAAGCCAUUGUCUUCUACAACAGUUUCAGAUAUCUACUUUUCGCCACGGGAAGGAUUCACUUUCCAAGACUUGGUAAAAGCCACUGAUAACUUUGAUGACAGAUUUGUAAUUGGAAGAGGAGCAUGGGGAACUGUAUACAAAGCAGUUUUGCCAUUUGAUCGAAAAAUUGCUGUCAAGAAGUUAGCAUCAAACAGGGAAGGAAACAGUGUGGACAGUAGCUUCCUUGCUGAAAUCCAAACCUUGGGAACAAUCAGGCACAAGAAUAUAGUAAAGCUAUAUGGUUUCUGUUACCACCAAGGCUCCAAUCUUCUGCUUUAUGAGUACAUGUCAAGAGGCAGCUUGGGAGAAUUGCUUCAUGGAGCUUCCUGCAAUCUUGAUUGGUCAACAAGGUUCAUGAUCGCCCUUGGCGCUGCUGAGGGCCUCGCUUACUUGCAUCAUGACUGCAAGCCUCUAAUCUUUCACCGUGAUAUUAAGUCCAACAACAUUCUUCUUGAUGACAACUUUGAAGCUCAUGUUGGUGAUUUUGGCUUGGCAAAAGUGAUUGACAUGCCACAAUCCAAAUCUAUGUCUGCUGUUGCCGGUUCAUAUGGCUAUAUUGCCCCUGAAUAUGCAUACACCAUGAAAGUUACAGAAAAAUGUGACAUCUACAGCUAUGGAGUUGUCCUUUUGGAGCUGCUCACAGGCAAAACACCAGUGCAGGCCCCAGAACAAGGCUGUGAUCUUGUGACAUGGGUGAGGAACUACAUUCAUAAACACUCGGUUACGCCAGGAUUACUCGAUGCUCGAGUAAAUCUAGAGGAAGAAACUACUCUCUCCCACAUGUUCAGUGUCCUGAGACUUGCUCUACAUUGCACAAGUUUGUCUCCCUUUGAUCGCCCAACAAUGAGGGAAGUUGUCAUUUAUCUUAAAAGAGAAGGAAAACCUUAUGUGUCCCCAACUCUUGACACUAAUUGAAAAAAACAAAAAAAAACAAUAAGGACCUACCACCUUAUAUUAUUGCAUAUAAUAGUUUGUACUGAUUUUUGUCCACCAGUAUGAGUUUUAAUUAAAGGUUCUGUCCUUUUUGUAUGAUAUAUAUUUUUAGACAUAAAAGUAUAUGGUUCACUUCUUAUGGCAUAUGAGUCAAUAGGUUCUCAUAUCAUAUCCUUGUAUUAUUAAAAAACAAUAAUGAAAACUACCAUGUAUAUCCUCUGCAUUAAAUUGCAGUUAAGUUUUCU